GCCAGAGGCCGACAUGAAUCUAUAUAAAUGGAAGAUGAAUAAAAACGAGUACGAGGAUAUAACUCACAGGAAGCCACCCAGACAGUCUUUCCAUCUCAACCUCUCUUGAUCUCCUCCUCCUCCUCCUCCUCCUCCCGCCGCCCGCGCCACCGUCGAGGAGAGAGAGAGGGACCCCGGAGAAAUGCGCGCUCCGAUGAGGCCGCGCGUGGUCGUUCUUCUGGCACUGAUGGCCACGGCCUUCACCGGAGCCUGCUUCGACCGUGCGUCGGCAGGGACGACGUCGCCCUACAAUCGCCCGGAACCGCGCCCCGACAUGUUUGUUGCCGACUCCAAGAACGGGGAUUCGGCUUCUCCCCAGCAGGUGCAUACAUCUCUGGUGGGUCAAGAUAAAAUGAGGAUCUCGUGGAUCACCCAAGGCUCGGCUCCUCCGACUGUGGAAUACGGCAAGUCGCCGGGCGUGUACCAGAACUCAGUGACGGGAAAUACAACUUCAUACAAGUACGCACUGUACAAGUCCGGGGAAAUCCACGAGGCGGUCAUCGGUCCGCUGGAACCUAAUAUGGUAUAUUACUACCGAUGUAGCUCAGACUUGGCCCGCGAGUUCAGAUUCAAAACCCCUCCCGCGCAGUUACCGAUCAAAUUCACAGUAAUAGGCGACCUCGGACAGACAGGAUGGACCACAUCGACCCUUCAACACAUAGCACAAUCGAACUAUGACGUCUUGCUGCUGCCCGGCGAUCUGUCGUACGCCGACUUCUUCCAGCCUUGGUGGGACUCGUUUGGCCGCCUCGUCGAGCCCCUGGCUAGCCAGAGGCCCUGGAUGGUGACCCAAGGCAACCAUGAGAUUGAGAAGAUGCCGGUCAUCCAUCCUCAUUCCUUCACGUCCUACAACGCGAGGUGGCGGAUGCCAUUUGAGGAGAGCGGCUCGGACAGCAACCUCUACUACUCAUUCGAUGUCGCCGGGGUCCACAUCAUCAUGCUGGGCUCAUACACGGACUUUGACCCAAGCUCAGCCCAGUACAAGUGGUUGCAAGCCGACUUGGGGAAGGUGGACCGGAAGAGGACCCCUUGGAUAGUGGUGCUGAUCCAUGCUCCGUGGUAUAAUUCUAACACUGCUCAUCAAGGCGAGAAGGAAUCGGUCGAGAUGAAAGCCUCCAUGGAAGGUUUGCUCUAUCAAGCACGAGUCGACGUGGUUUUCGCUGGGCAUGUGCAUGCCUAUGAGCGCUUUACCCGCGUCUACAACGGAAAUGCCAAUGAUUGCGGUCCGGUGCACAUCACCAUCGGCGAUGGCGGAAACCGCGAAGGCCUUGCCAAAAGGUACAUGAAUCCGGCACCAUCGAUAUCGGUUUUCCGGGAGGCGAGCUUUGGGCACGGGCAACUGGAGGUGGUGAAUGCAACUCAUGCACUUUGGACAUGGCAUAGGAAUGACGAUGAUGUGGGUGUGGAAGCAGAUUCAGCUUGGUUGACCAGCCUCUCGUCCAACCCUGCCUGUAAAUCGUGAUAACCUUGAUACACAGGUAUAGAAAUACCCGAAUGCACAAUGUAAUUGUUUUAUACAGGCAAAGUUGGUUCGGGGAUAGAAUAAAUAAAUGGUGUUCUGGGUAAACAUCUGUAUCUCAAAAGCAAUGGAACAUCUUAUUAUAAACGGGCUCUUCGCUUCAUUCGUUGAUAUAAUUAUAUAAUGCUUCGCCCUGUGCUUUUGCUAA